AUUACCAUCAUGAGAUAUAUAAGAUCUCUGACUACAGCAAUGAUGUUAAUGGGGAGACCAAAGAAACACAACCAGUUUUUUUAGGAGAUGAAAGCCGGGAAAUUAAAAAACAAAUUACAGGGAUGAGAAGAUUACUGAAUGACAGCACUGGAAGAAUCUAUCAACGAGUUGGCAAAGAAGGAGAAAAACUGAAGGAGGAACCCCAAGAUUUAGACUUAGCCUGGGCCCAGCGCCUGAAUCCCCCUGCAGAGUCCCAGGCGAGCCUUCAUCCUUCGCAGAGUGGUGCAUGGAAUGAAUUAUCACCCCAAGCCAGCCAUUUUUCAGGGCAAUAUGGAACUCGAUCCAAAACGUUCCAAAAUCAAACGCGAACCGUGGCAUCCAAUGGAGAAAUCCCAAUAGUGAAUUCAUCAGUUGGACCAAACUGCUGUACGUGUAAUUGUCAGUCCACCCUACAGGCUAUUCUUCAAGAGCUCAAGACCAUGCGAAAAUUGAUGCAGAUUCAAGCAGUUGGGACUCAAAACAGACAGCAGCCUCCUGUUCCUCUGAUUUGUGCACAAAAGUCAACAAUAUCAAGAAAGAGAAAUAAAAAGAAAAAACUGCCCCUCAAAACUGUUGAACCAAUUACCGUGAAUAAGAAACCCAGCUCUGCAGAAAACGAAAAGAAGCUAUCAGCAAACUUGGAACGAUCAAGUCUGCAAGCAGUUGAACCCCCCCUAAAACCAGAAACCCCUAUUUCAGGAUUUGGAAUUAUCCUUGAAUCGGCUUCAUCAGAUCCAGAAGUGCAACUUGCAGAAGGCUUUGACGUCUUCAUGCCUAAAUCUCAACUGGACUCUAUAUUAUCAAACUAUACUCGCUCAGGAAGUCUGCUCUUUAGGAAGCUGGUCUGUGCAUUUUUUGAUGACAAGACUUUGGCGAACUCUUUACCAAAUGGCAAAAGGAAAAGAGGGCUCAAUGACAACCGGAAAGGACUAGACCAAAAUAUUGUGGGUGCAAUAAAAGUCUUUACAGAAAAAUACUGCACUGCUAACCACGUGGAUAAACUUCCUGGUCCUAGGGACUGGGUCCAGAUUCUUCAGGAUCAAAUUAAACUUGCAAGAAGACGAUUAAAAAGAGGCUCAGCAGAGGCAACUGACUGUGAUGAGAAGCCGGACAUUUCUCUACUACAAACAGGUAGCCUUUUCGACACCACAACAGAUCAUCUGAUAGACACAGCUCCAGAUUUUUCAGCUUGAAUUUCACAUCUGGCAUCAGUGUUCUUAGCAGAUAGAAACAUCCUCUCCUUUGAACACUGGUCCCACAAGAUCGGCGUGAGGACUUCAGCGUACCGCAAGACGUGGACACCCAUACCGUUUUCCCUUCAAGUCUGUGUCUUUUCAUGCAUUUUCCGUGCAACUUCAAAUAACAGAACCGCCAGAUUGCUUCGCUGUUCUUCAUCUUAAUUAAAGAUGAUUUCCCUCCGUAUCCAAUGCAUUAUUUAAUUAGCGGGGUAUCCACUCUGAAGACAUUCUUUUGCCUUUGUUUUUCCUCCAUGAUUGUAUUUUUCCACGUGAUUGUAUGCUUGCCAGCAGUGUUUCAUCUUACGCCACGCAGAGGUGG